GGCACAUUUGCAGCUUCAUAUUACUUUAACCGCCUUGUUUGCACAUUUCACUUUUAGUGCGUAUACGUUACACUGAACUAAAUGUCAUCUCACCUGUAGGCAGAGUCACUGCAUUGCCUUCUGCAGCACCAUGCCGAAAAGAAAAGUGACAUUUGAGGACGGUAACGGAGAGUUUGACCUGGAAGACGACGUACCAAAUAAAAAGAGCUGCGAGGCUGUCAGUGGACCAGGCUCCAGGUUCAAGGGUAAACAUUCCCUUGACAGUGAUGAAGAGGACGAAGGGGAGGACACAAACAGCAGCAAAUAUGAUAUUUUAGCCAGUGAUGAUGUGGAAGGGCAAGAGGACGCAACAAUCAACUACGAUGAGGGAGUUUCUAUUACCCCGUUCAACUUGGAUGAGGAGAUGCAGGAAGGUCACUUUGACUCCGAGGGAAACUACUUCAUCAAAAAGGAACAACAGAUUAGAGACAACUGGCUUGACAACAUCGACUGGGUAAGAAUAAAAGAGCAGCCUUUCAAACAAAAGAAGAAAGGUCUCGGAGCCAAACGGACGCGCAGAGCAGGUGAUGAGGACGAAGCUGAAGAAGAAAAACAGAGAGAGGAAAAACAAGCAGACCAAGAAGAAGAAGAGGAGGAGGAGGAACCAGAGCCUGCUGAAGAUCCCCUGGCAUCCUACACACAGCACCAGCUCACCGAAGCUGUAGUCGAACUGCUGCAACCUGGUGAAACAGUUGCCGCAGCGCUCCGUCGGUUAGGAGGCCUUGGAGGGAGAAAGAAGGGAAAGCUGAGAGAAGAGAGUAAAUCCACAGAGGAGGCCAAAAGGGAUACAGAAAAGCUUGAUAGGCUCACAGCACUAGCUGACAGACUGGUUGGAUCUGGGAUGUUUGAAAUCUAUCAGCAAACAUAUGAAAAACUGGUCUAUUUGAUGAAGAACAUGAAGAGCAAGCGACCGGCGGUGGGGAAGAACAACAGAGGUGAUGGUGAUGGCGAAGAAGAGGAGGAACUUGACAUGUUUGCUGAUGAAUUUGAUGAGAAGCACAGUGGCAAAUCAGAGAACAACGCAGAGGAAGACGACAAAAGAGUGAGUGAUGAAGUGAUGUGGGAGUACAAAUGGGAGAACGAGGAUAAUUCAGACAUCUACGGCCCCUUCACCAGCCAACAGAUGCAGGACUGGGUGGAUGAAGGCUAUUUCAGCAGUGGUGUUUACUGCAGAAGGGUGGACCAGGAGGGAUCUCAGUUCUACAACUCCAAGAGACUGGACUUUGAGCUCUAUACAUGAUUUAUGUAUCUAAUUAAAAACCAUUGCAACUGCUGUGAGCAUUCAUGAUUCAUUUGCAAUCAUUCUUCACUUGUCUCAUCCAGGGGUUUGUUGUCAAAUCUGUCAGUAUAACACUGGCUUUGUUUUAUGUACAUUGUUUUUAAAUAAAUAAUUCAUGUAUGUGGUU